GACGCCAGCUCCCCGCGGCUGAGGUACUCAAGGUGCCCGAAGGCGGGGUAGUGACCUCGCGCGUGCGCUGUGCCCGCGGCAGCGCCGGGUCCUAGUGUGUGGGUUGUUCUUGGUCUCGCGCGGCGCGUGCGCAGUGCGGACGGCGGAGGGAUUUGCGGCCGGGACCCACCCCCUGCUCCAGUCGCUAUCCGAGGCCGCGCGGGUGGGUGAGCAGCGGCCUGGUGCGCUCGCUUAGCGGGCGACGGAAUCAGACGGACGCGGACGCCCCCGGAGUGGAAACCGAAGCAGGAGUUGUUGUUGCUGAGGGGCCGCAGCAGCCGCCGCGAGCCUCCAGACAGACGCCAGAGCGAGGAGGGCGCUGCGCGGCGAGUGAGUGUGACUGAGUGGCCCGACGGGGUGCGGGGCCGCUACCCAGAAGCCCCAGCGGUGGGCCCGGUCCUCUUCCCCGCGGCCAGGCCCCUUUCCCGCGUCCCCGCCACAGGUCCCUUCUGCAUCUCUUUCCCGGACCCCGAGAUCUCUGGGCACCCACGCCCGCUUCCCACAGCGCCCUCGCGGUUCCCUACCCACAGGCACUUGCGACUUGGCAAGAUGACCCAGUUCCUGCCGCCCAACCUUCUGGCCCUCUUUGCCCCCCGUGACCCUAUUCCAUACCUGCCACCCCUGGAGAAACUGCCACAUGAAAAACACCACAAUCAACCUUAUUGUGGCAUUGCGCCGUACAUUCGAGAGUUUGAGGACCCUCGAGAUGCCCCUCCUCCAACUCGUGCAGAAACCCGAGAGGAGCGCAUGGAGAGGAAAAGACGGGAAAAGAUUGAGCGGCGACAGCAAGAAGUGGAGACAGAGCUUAAAAUGUGGGACCCUCACAAUGAUCCCAAUGCUCAGGGGGAUGCCUUCAAGACUCUCUUCGUGGCGAGAGUGAACUAUGACACAACAGAAUCCAAGCUCCGAAGAGAGUUUGAGGUGUACGGACCUAUCAAAAGAAUACACAUGGUCUACAGUAAGCGGUCAGGAAAGCCCCGUGGCUAUGCCUUCAUCGAGUAUGAACACGAGCGAGACAUGCACUCCGCUUACAAACACGCAGAUGGCAAGAAGAUUGAUGGCAGGAGGGUCCUUGUGGAUGUGGAGAGGGGCCGAACCGUGAAAGGCUGGAGGCCCCGGCGGCUAGGAGGAGGCCUCGGUGGUACCAGAAGAGGAGGAGCUGAUGUGAACAUCCGGCAUUCAGGCCGCGAUGACACCUCCCGCUACGAUGAGAGGCCCGGUCCCUCCCCGCUUCCGCACAGGGACCGGGACCGGGACCGUGAGCGGGAGCGCAGAGAGCGAAGCCGGGAGCGAGACAAGGAACGAGAACGGCGACGCUCCCGCUCUCGGGACCGGCGGAGGCGCUCACGGAGUCGCGACAAGGAGGAGCGGAGGCGCUCCAGGGAGCGGAGCAAGGACAAGGACCGGGACCGGAAGCGGCGAAGCAGCCGGAGUCGGGAGCGGGCCCGGCGGGAGCGGGAGCGCAAGGAGGAGCUGCGUGGCGGCGGUGGCGACAUGGCAGAGCCCUCCGAGGCGGGUGAUGCGCCCCCUGAUGAUGGGCCUCCAGGGGAGCUCGGGCCUGACGGCCCUGACGGUCCAGAGGAAAAGGGCCGGGAUCGUGACCGGGAGCGACGGCGGAGCCACCGGAGUGAGCGCGAGCGGCGCCGGGACCGGGAUCGUGACCGUGACCGUGACCGCGAGCACAAACGGGGGGAGCGGGGCAGUGAGCGGGGCAGGGAUGAGGCCCGAGGUGGGGGCGGUGGCCAGGACAACGGGCUGGAGGGUCUGGGCAACGACAGCCGAGACAUGUACAUGGAGUCUGAGGGCGGCGACGGCUACCUGGCUCCGGAGAAUGGGUAUUUGAUGGAGGCUGCGCCGGAGUGAAGAGGUCCUCUCCAUCUGCUGUGUUUGGACACGUUCCUGCCCAGCCCCUUGCUGUCAUCCCCUCCCCCAACCUUGGCCACCUGAGUUUGUCCUCCAAGGGUAGGUGUCUCAUUUGUUCUGGCCCCUUGGAUUUAAAAAUAAAAUUAAUUUCCUGUU